AUCGAUAAGUAGAUGGCUCGCAUAGCCAGUGGUGCAAUCAUACAACAAGAAAUAUGCAUUAAGUUCGCCAAUAGACUAGUUAAUUUCUUAGUUAUUUUGUAAAUGUUUGUGCAAUAAAGUUGAGCCAAAAGUCAAGCUGACAAAGCGCUUAGCUCUUAAUUUAUAGUUAUUCGGUGGCAAGUGUGCGUCUCCCAACAGAAAAGUCGGUAGUCGGUCUAUAACGGUAUAAGCUAUAACGGCAUACACAUGUACAUACAGAGGAUAUACGUGUAUAUAUAUAUCUGAAGCGCAUACAUAAAAUCGAUUUGGGGGCAACCGCAACGCAAGAGGCAACACAUUUGCAAAUUGCUUAAGCGCAAUGGUUGGAUUAUUGAAUCCAAUGAAAUAUGGCGAUCAUUUCUAUGAAUUGUACACAAGCAAUACACGCAGAAAGUUGCAAAAUGAGCGCAAGGCUCUUACGAAGCGCAAGAGCCGCAAGGAGAAAUCGGCAGCAGCGAUGGCAGCCGCCGCUGCAGCUGCUGUGCUGGAAGGAAAUGCAGCUGGCGGCGCGGGAGCAGGCAUUGUAAACCCAUUGGAUCCGCCGUUGGUUAAGGACCAGUUGCUGUUUAUGCCGGCAUUUCCGGUGGCCCACAUUGAACUCGAUCCAAAUGCAUCGAAAUUUGCCGUUUUCGCAGCAAUACGCUCCACUGUGCUGGAGGCAGAGACACGCUUUGCGCUCUUCCAUGAGAGCAAUGGGCAUGGCGCCAUGGCCACUGCAUCAGCGCUCAAGAAAUGGAGCGGGAAUAUGGGCUCGUCCUGCUGUUUGGUCUGUGCAGGCAGCUGUAUGGUCAGCAAUCUGGUUGAUUGCUCCUGUCACGCACCGCUUGCAGUGGGAGCCGGUGGCGGCGGUGCCGCAGGUGCUGCAGCAGCGGGAGCCGCUGGUGCAGCUGGUGGAGGGGCGGACAAGCGCACGACAAACAGCGCCAAUAGCGACGCCGACUCGGACACAGAUGAGCCGGAAGAGCGCGAACCGGUCUAUGCCACUGUCCCGCUAAUUGUCGGCGCUGGACUGCGAAGUUUGUUCGAGCUGAUCGCGGACGCACGCCAUAUCCAGCCGUUGCUCUGCACCAAGGCAUUAAAAGCGCUACUCGACGUCAUUCAGGGUCAGCAGCCGGAAUCGUUUAAGCUUGAGCCCGAGGAUCUGAUUAAUCCGCUGUACGAUCUGCUGCUGGAUCUGGCCACCAUGCCUGCGGCGCUCACCUCGAGCACUGGCGCCGAGGCCAACUGGUCAGCGAUGGCAUGUGCCGCUCUCCUUGGCCUCUGCAUUGCGCGCGGCGACACCGGCAAAAUGCUAAAGGCAAUCGCCGCCAUGCUCAUGUCCCCACGGCAGCUCUCCGCCCAAAUUAUCCAACUGCCCGCCGUAUUGGCCUCUCUGCAGCAUACGGUAGUGAGUGCAGCACUCAACAAGCCAACUCGUCCAGACUUCCAUACCCAUGGAGUGCCACACAAUUCAUUAAUCGAUGAGUUCACCUUGAAGCUGCCUGUACUGACGGCUCCCCAGCAGCAUAUGGCGCCGGCCAUGGCUUGCGAUGGCGUGUUUGUCUAUGUGCUAUACGGUGGUGCAUUGCUGAAGAUCGGCACCGGCUUUGGGGGCUCCUACAAGGGGCACAUCUAUGCACAAAACGACGAGUUCUGUCGGGAGCGCAGCGCCUGGCUGGGCUACAGCGGCGGCCAAUUGUACUUUCGUCGCAAUUGCAAGCGAAGCGCGGAUCAGCUGCAGCUGGUGGGCAUGGACACGCUGGCGGUCAAGUCAAUGAAUCCACUCAACAUGCUCUCAAUGCGCGAAGGCCUCAACUAUGUGCUCUUCACGGACGACGAUUCAUUGCAUGCCAUUUGCAGUAAUCGUGAUGACACGCUGGUGGUGAAGAAACUGAAUCUGUACCACAAUAGCUACAGCAGCGAGCCGCCGCCAUUCGAGCUGCCGUUGCAGUUGGCCCGCAAGAAAUUCCGAACGCUGGGCUAUGCGGCGUUCGAGGAUGAGCUGCUCAAUCAGCAGCAGAUCCAGCGCAUUCAGUCGGCGCACAACAGCUUUGAGCCGAAGCUGCCGGCGCCGUGUCGCGAUGCCGAUGUCCUGGGCAUGGCCUGCGGCAAGGAGUUUGGCAUCGUGCGCGCCAGCAAUGGCCGUGUCUACUACUAUGGCAAGCCGGCGGCUCUUGGACUGAAGUGUGUGGGCCGCACACCGACACUGAAGCUAACCGAGCUGAUUGUCUCGAAGGCGGCCAACAUUGUCCAUGUGGCCGUGGGGCACGAUGGGAUACAUGCGCUGCUCGUCAACGACGAUGGCACCGUCUACUUUGCGGGCACGGCACGCCGGGGCGAGGAUGGCGACAGCUCCAAGAAUCGCCGUCAACCGAAAGCUGUGAAACCGAAGAAGAUGAGCAAAAUCGAUGGCCAUGUGGUGGUGCAUGCCGCUUGCAACAACGGCACCUCCGCCUUUGUGACCAAAACGGGCAAGCUGAUCAUGUACGGCAAGGAUACGGCCCACUGCGAUUCGAUGGGCUUUGUCAGCGAGCUGCUCGAUCAGCACAUAACCAAGGUGGCCCUGGGCAAGGCGCAUUGCGUGGCACUGAACGCCAAGGGGCAGGUCUUCACCUUUGGCCUGAACAACAAGGGCCAGUGCGGGCGGGUGUUCAACAAAAUGAUGCCCGUUCGGGAUGUGCCCAGCUCUUCGGCUGCCUACGCGCUGCUCGGCUUGCAUGGCGACAAGCUGCGGCACAAACUGGACUUCUCGACGCUCUGCGACUACGACGAUCACAAUUUGGUGCAGGGCCAGUGCCGCGUGUGCGUCAUGUGCCGCGAAUGCACCGGCUACAAUGUCAGCUGUGUCUCGGCGCUGAAUGUGCCGCUCGAGCAGCGUUUGGCCGGCAGCAUUUGCCCCUGCGGCCAUGGCGACGCAGGCUGUGCCAAAUGCGGCCUGUGCGCCGCCUGCGUGGCGCUCCAGGAAAGCGAGAUAGUAGCCGCAGAUGCCAAGGCGGAGCUGAAGCCGCUGCCCGGCGAGCUGCAGCGCCAGCAGCGCUCCAAGACGCUCAUCAUGCGGCGCAAGGAAAAGAAGCCCUCGGAGCUGGAGACGGGCGCCGCUGGCUGUGCCGGCGGUGGCGGCACACCCACCGACCUGGACAAGGACCCACCGCGUGUGGCACCGCUGGCGCCGCAAGUGCUGCAGCUGCCCAGCACGUCGCCGGUGGUGCAAGUGGCGUGCGGCCUACACCACACCGUGGUGCUCACCCUGGCCGGCGAGGUAUUCACCUUCGGCAGCAAUCAGUACGGUCAGCUGGGCAGCGGAGAUCUGCAGGCAGUCACUGGAGCGAUCCGUGUGCAGGUGCAGGGCGCCAUUAGCCAGGUGGCUGCUGGCAGCAACCACACCGUGCUGCUCACACACAAGGGCGUUGUCUACACAUUCGGCAACUACCAGAAGGGACAGCUGGGCCGGCUGCCCGGCGACUAUGGCCAGAAGACGGUGCCGAACAGUGUGAUUGCCCAGCAGCAGCAGUUGCAGCUGCAGCAGCAACAGCAGCAGGACGAUGAAACGGCCACACAGGAGGCCGCCUGCGUGCUACCCGGUGGCUCCAAGGAGACCAUCCUCAUACCGCCCAACACAGCUGCCCUCAUAGCGCAGCGCCAGAAGUUUCUAUGGAACUGUGCACCCGGAGCCGUCUUCGGUUUGGGCCCCAGCUAUGGCAAAAAGGUCACCUGGAUCGGCGCCAAUGGCGACCAGACCUUCAUCAAGAUUGACGAGUCACUGAUCACAGCUCAAAUGCUGCCCAAGAUGCACGUGGUGGCCAACAAGAAGACCAUAUUACUCAUACCCAGCAUACCGCUGUCCUUUCAUACGCUCUCCAUAAACCGCAGCGACGGCAGCUGCACGCCCCAUUAUCGCGGCCAAACCAACUUUUCCAAGCUGCUGCAGACGCAGCAGCAGCACGGGCAACCGGAAAUCAAUCGGAAUGUGGAUGUGGCGACGCCUUUGAUGGCCGACCUGCCGUCGGUCGGCAGCAGCACGGCUGGGGUGCCCAUCAAUGAGCAAAUGUCGCGCAGCAUGCACGAGGCACGCAAUCACAUUUUCGAGGAUCAGCAUACGGAGGUGGCUCAGCCAACAUCGCUGACGGCCAGCCCGCGACUCCCACGACGCAUUCGACCCCGUCCAGAUGCAGCAGCAGCCGCUGCCUGUCCAGCCGCUGCAUCGCCCACUGAGCAGCAUACGCUGCCCACGCAAAUAGCCUUUGCCAUGGAUCCCAGCUACAACGUGCUCUGGGUCUUCGAUGGUGUUGCCCGUAAGCUGCGCUGCCACAAUGUGGUCGCCAGCGAAAUAUCCGAAUGUGAUGUGAAUGCCGCCAAUUAUCGAGCGCUGCUGUCGCCGGAGCUGUCGCUGCCGUGCAAGGCCGAGGCGCGUGUGUCACGCUCGCAGGCAUCGCUGAAUCUAUUGGCCUGUUUGGAUAUACUGACAUCCGCACAAGAUAAUAUACCCGGCUGCUUUGAGCAGGCGCUGCCGCAGCAGACCCAGCAGGCGGCAGAGGCGCAGACCGGCGAGUAUCAGGUUGUGAAUCGCUUCGAUAACUUUGGCGGCGGCUGGGGCUAUUCGGGUCACAGUGUGGAGGCGGUGCGCUUCUCAGCGGACACGGACAUUGUGAUUUGCGGAUUUGGCAUGUUUGGCGGACGUGGCGAAUACAGCUGCAAGCUGAAGCUAUUCGAUCUGGGCACCGAUGGCGGUGGCUACGAGAAGGAGGGCAUCCUCAUCAGCGAGACCAAGGAGGUACCAUACGAGUGCGCCGCGCGCAGCAAACACCACAUUUUGCUACCGAAGCCGGUGAGUGCAGCGGCUGGACGCUGGUAUUUGGUGUGGGCGCGCAUCGCGGGCCCCUCCUCGGACUGUGGCUCCUGCGGCCAGGCGUCUGUGACCACCGAGGAUCAGGUGGUCUUCUCGUUCAAGUCCAGCAAGAAGGCCAACAACGGCACCGACGUCAACUCCGGCCAAAUACCCGCCAUACUCUAUCGUCUGGUCACACAGGACUGCAAGCAGCCGUCGCUGCCCCACGACGCGGAUCCCGUGCAGCGUAUUUCGCGCGCCUUCGCCAACAGCGUGAGCCGCGAGUGCUUUGAGAGCUUGGUGGUGCUGCUCAGCUGGUCAUGGGACUGCUUUAAGACUCAGCUACGCGAGCAGCGGGAUCGUGCUAGACCAUUGCAGUUGCAGCAAACGCUUCAGUAUCUGGGCUAUGUUAAUAAAUCCUGUCUGCGACUGCUGCGCAAAUACACCAACGAGAUUUAUCCGCAGCGCGCAACAACAGCGUCAACAGCAACAACAGCAGCAGCAGCAGCAUCAGCAGCAGCAGGUACAUCAGCAGCAGCAACUGCUGCGACAGCUAGCACUUCAGCCGCGGGUGGAGCUGUUGCCGCCGCUCUCUCCAAGCUGCAAAAAUCGAACAGCAAAGGUAUUAAUCAAUCAAUCAAACAAAUUACGCUGCUGCCUCAGCUCUAAUCGCUUGUGCUCCUUACAGACAAAUCAUCAAAUCGGGCUGCCAGCAAUGCGGGCAGCGCCCAGUUGACCAGCUCUCUGUCCGGCACAUCGAUGACACGCAAACCCAAUAUGGAGAACAUUCAGCUAGCCGAAUGCAUUGGCAAUGUUCGCGCUCUGCUCAUUGGCAUCUUUUGCGAUGACAUCUUCAAGGAUAUUGCCACCGAUGAGGGCUAUGCCUUGGUCCUGGAAAUUCUCGACGAAUGCCAUUUGAGCUUUGUGGCCUGCUUUGAUGCAUUCUAUCCGACUUCGUCGCUCAAGUGGAACUGCCUGUGCGAUUUGUUGGCCCAAAUGGACCGCGGAGCACUGCACUCCCGCCUGCUGAGCGCGAUCCUAGCCGGGCUCUGCUCGCCCACGGUGAAGCUACGCGCCACGUUCUCCCUGCUCAAUGCGGCCGGCAAUGAGCGUCAGUCGAUCAUCAGCCCAAGCGACAAUUCGGGUCUGCCCAUGCUAUCCUCAACGGAGGCGCAUCAGUAUCCCAUACUUGUGGAGCAGAUGAUCUAUCGCACGCAGCAGGAGAAGAGCGACUUUCUGAGCAACUCGUGGACGUUCAAGGAUGUGCUGGUGCGUCUGCUGGACAUAAUAGCCAAUCCAAUUAGGGCGCGAAUCGAGUCGAUCUACAGCCGCUGCCUGGGCGGCAGCUAUGCGCUAAAGGAGUGCAUCAAUCAGGGCCUCAUCGAUAACUGUUGCCAUCUGCUGGCCCGCGUGCUGGCCGAGAUUGUCUAUCAGACAGCUCUGGGCGAGUACGAUAAAUUGUUUCUGCCGCCUCGUACGCUGCACUCGACCAGCUCGCGGUUCGCACGCUGCGAUUUGAGUCGCACCUGGAACACGGGCAACUUUGGACCGGACGCGAUUGCCUUCUCGGUGGAUCGGCCGGGCAUAGCCAUAGCUGGCGCCAUGGUCUACUCUGGCUCGGGCAGCUAUGACUAUCAGUUGGAGCUGCUAUAUGAUAACACAGUUGACCUGCAGCCACAGCACAAGUGGGAAACACUGGAGUCCAUAUCAGGCAGCUACGAUCAGGAGGCCGUGCACAAUGAUUUAGCCGAGAUUAAGUUUGAGCAUCCGGUCCAUAUCAAGGAGCAUGCGCGCUACGCUCUGCGCCUCUGCUCCCAGGGUGCGCGCACCUGCUCCGGCGAUGCCGGCAUGCCCUCGGUUCGCGGUCCCUGCGGCGUCAACUUUCAUUUCUAUGCGUGCGACUUGAGCUUCAAUGGCACCACGCCCGCGCGCGGCCAACUGCCCAUCAUACUCUACUACAGCACGCCCGUCAAGCAGCACCAGCAGCAUCAGCACCAGCACCAGCACCCGCACCAGCAUCUGCAGCAGCAACAGCAGCCCGAGUUGACGGGCUGUACGUCAGAUGGUGCACAUGUCGGCGCCUUGGCCAGCAACGAGGUGUCCACGCGGGACACGGCCUUGCAAAUCGCCGCGGACAUAACCAAAAAGUGCACAGAGCUGCUCAUACUGGCGCGCAAUGCCAUGGCCGCCUCCUGCUCGCCGACGGACAACUCGUCGUCGAACCAUACGCAGACCAUUGAUUCGGAGCACAAUAUAACGCCCAUUGAGGAGCACAUGGACAUUAAUUGGGCAAACAAUUCGCGAACAGCGGCGCUGCCUGUGGAUCCACAGCUGUCGACGACGGCAAGGGAUCUGGGCAAACGUAUCGAGUCCUUCUCCAAGGGCAUCAUGGAGACGCUGAAGUUCGAUAAGCGCUCAACGAAUCCCUUCGAAAUGGAAAUCGAAAUUGGGGCCACCGAAAUCGGAGUCGAGGAGACGGCCGAAAUGAAUUUCUCCAAUGUGCAAUUGGCCGCCAAGCUCAAUGGAAAUGAGCGUGCCGAGUACGAGCUGGCGGCCGAGGAGCCGUUGCCCGGACAGCAGCAGCAGCAGCAACAACAACAGCAGCUACAGCUGCAGCAGCAGCAGCAGCAGCAACAGUUGCCGCCACAGCAGCUGCAACAUCAACAGCAGUUGCCAACGCAGAUGCCACAGCAACUGCUCCACUCGGACUCGGAGGAGGCGCAAAUUGUGGGCGGCGGUGUUGCCGCUAUGCAACUGCUGGAGGUGUUCAAUUUGUCCGCCUCGAAUAUGUUUCACACGCUGCUGCCGCUGGUCUAUGCGCACAUCUCCAAUUUGGCCUGCAGCGAUCCAAAGAGCUCGGUGCAAAUCCUUGGUCUGAUCAAGGAGAUAUUGCCGCACAUUGCAGCGCUCAAUCAGCUGCAUGUGUCGAAAGACCAGCGCUCGGAGCAACUGAGACCGGAACCAACGCCUGCCAGCAGCACCACCAGCAAUCAUUAUUGCAUUGUGGAGAGCGAGCAUCCGUAUCGCAGCGCCAGCAUCAGUUGCUAUCGGGUCGAGUUUCCGCCCUGCGUCCAAUGGCUGACCAUUGAGUUUGACUCACAGUGCGGCACUGCCCAGCUCGAGGACUAUUUGCUGCUCUCGAUUCCCAUGCGCCCGACGGCGUCGCCAGCCGCUGCCACACCGCCCUGCCAAUCGACCACAACGCCAACAGCAGCAGCAGCAGCAGCAGCAGCGUCUACUGCCCCUGGCGAGGAAUACUAUGAUCUGCUCGAUAAUAAUGUGAGCACACGACGCACACACAACGCCCACUUACAGAUGACCAGCUGCUGUCGCACGACCGGCUCUCUGCCCGAGCCGGCAGCGGCCGAUCCCGACUGGAUUGUCGUCAAGAAGUUCAAUACCGCCUCCAACUGGCUGCAGAACGUUCUCAUUUUGCCUGGCAACUGCGUUGAGUUCUCCUUGGAGACGGCCUCACUGUACGCCCAGGAUCCGCACAAUAAUCGCUAUGGCUUCAAGUGCCUGGUGGUUGGCUAUGAUAAUCCCACAGCGAUCAAUGCUAGCAACUCAUGUCUCAUACGGCUGGAGCAGGAGCUGUCCUAUCUGGGCGGCAUGUGCAGCGCUAAUUUAAUGAAAAAGGAUCUCAAUCUGCCGGAAGACAAGGAAGUAGACGACAUGAGUGGCGUUGAGGAGACAAUCAGCACGCAUCAUGCACUCCUCUCGAAAGGCUUUGCGCUCUCCGAACCACAGCUGACUGUGCAUCAGGCGCUGGAAUCAUAUCUGCCCAUUGGGUAAGUAGUAGAGCCUAUAUCUAGACAAUGAUGA